AUGAACAUUGGAAAGCUUGAGAUUAACGUGUCUGACAGAUUGUCGAUCGAGUUCUCAGAUCCAAUAAGAAAAGAAAAUGGAAUCACUACAUACGCGAAUCGGCCUUAUAGAUUUUAUUAUUCUUUCGAGAGAAGUGAAAAACCGAUUUCAGAAGCUGUAAACGACAUCGGAAUAGUUUUUUCAAAUCCAAACUUAAAAAUAACUGAUCUUGGAUUGAGAAUGGGUUAUACCAAUCCGGACAAACAAGACCACAAUGAAAUCAUUUCGUUCCAAGAAAAUUUCGUACAAAGCUUGAAGUCUAUGAUGUCAUCUCUUCCACACCAAAUUCAUGUUGAAUAUGUGUUUCUGGAAUGCUAUGAAAUACUCCCAUUUUUAAAAAGCGAAAAGUUGAAAAUGAUCGAUUUGUCACCAAUGGAAAUCACCGAUGAUUCACUUCACAAAAUUGCUCAUCUAGAGCAAAUUAAGCGUUUACCAGCUAUUCGUAUUCUACACAUGUUGGAUCAUGUUCCAUUUGAUAUUAUAUCGAACACUUCAAUGUUUGGUAUAUUCGUAAGGAACUUUUCGAAAUCUGAUUUCACUAGAUUCGUCGAGCAGAACCUGCAACAAGAGAACUUUGAGUUGGGUGAGGUACACAUUGAUGGAAAUGGAAUAGGAUAUUGGAUAACAGAAUUUCUUUUGAAACAUCAAGCUGUGAAAACCGAUGAUGGAUAUUUGAUUGCAACACUCGAAGGACCAAAAUUCAAGAAUACUGUGGAAGUUGGAGAAAUUGAAGGACAGAAAGCAAUUGUAUUCAAAAGAACUACUUGA